GUAAACUUUAUUAUUUUUAAUAGGAUUUUGCUUUAAACUGUGUGUGAGUGUAACAGAGACUGAGAGAAAAAAGAGUGAUGGAGAAGGGAGGCAGGAUGUGAGUUAAAACAGGAGUCAGUGAGACAAUAAAGAGGAGAAAGGAAGAGGGAGGGUUGAACAAGCAAAUGGGAGGAGGUGGAGCUGGGAGAGAGAGAGAGAGGAGGGAUGACAGGAGAUGUGGUUGUUGCCGCGGCAGCAGAGCAGCACUGAUCUCAUGCACUACAACAACUCCUCUUUCUGUUUUUCUCUUCCUCUCCGUCCUCCUGCACUCAUUUGACUGCUUCAAGCUGGAAAAGCUUCCCGCUCCGCUCCUCAUCCUCCAGCCUUCGUCUUCAUCAGCGCUGGACAGCCCUACAUGGACAGGAAGCAGAGAGAGCCCUCCUCCUGGUUUACAGCCUCAAACCUGGAGUCUCUGCUCUGAUCUCUGCUGACCGCUAUCAGGGACGAGCAGCGAGGAGGAAGAAGAGGAAGAAGAGGAAGAGGAGCGAUCCACAGUGUCCACGGCGGACGAGGGCCUCCUUCUGUCUCUGCUGCAUCUUCAGGGAGCAUCAUCAAGUUAUUAAGAGUCUGAGAGAACGGCUCACGUUUUAAGGCUGCCUUUCCUGUUUACGAUCAAAAUUCCCACAGCAAUAAACCUGAAGAGCAAUAUUAAAGAGGGACACUUCUGCUCGGAGACUGGAUUCUUAUGAAAGUCGGAGUUUGGAGUUCUGCUGAGCACAGAUUCACAGCUAAACCUGAAUGGUCGCUCGGUCAUAGAUUUAGAUAGAGAGCUGCAGGAAGUCACCUCUCUCUGGACUUCCUGUCCUGCUGACACACAACGGUCUCACCUGCCGCCUCCUUUCAACGCCGUUGAUGGCUUGACACCUCCGUCUGCCCUCCUCCCCGCCCUCCCCCAUCAUGUCUGACCUCUGCUCCAGCGGCUCGGCUUAACCGAGGUCAUCCAGCCCCCGCACACCUCCUACCUGUCAGCACAGCAUCCCAGACUCUGCAGGUGGGGCGCUCUGAUGCAACAUGGCGGCCGGCGUGGCGACAUGGCUGCCCUUCGCGAGGGCGGCGGCUGUGGGCUGGCUGCCGCUGGCCAAGAAGACCAUGCCCAAGCCCCCAGUGGACAACACGUCCAGGUCAGAUGAGAUUCUGUACGUCAACGUCAGCGGCGUCCGCUUUCAGACAUGGAAGAACACUCUGGACCGGUACCCGGACACUCUGCUCGGGUCCUCGGAGAAGGAGUUCUUCUACAACGAAGACACGCAGGAGUACUUCUUUGACAGAGACCCGGAGAUGUUCCGGCACAUUCUGAACUUUUACCGCACCGGGAAGCUCCACUACCCCCGACACGAGUGCAUCCAGGCUUUCGACGAGGAGCUGGCCUUCUACGGCAUCGUGCCAGAGAUCAUCGGAGACUGCUGCAUGGAGGAGUACCGGGACAGGAAGAAGGAGAACCAGGAGCGUCUGGCCGAGGACUCUGAGGCCAACGAGGGGGCGGACGCCCCCCUCCCUCCAGACAGCACCCCCAGGGAGCGUUUGUGGCGAGCCUUCGAGAACCCCCACACCUCCACCAUGGCGCUGGUCUUUUACUACGUCACGGGUUUCUUCAUCGCUGUGUCUGUCAUCGCUAACGUGGUGGAGACCGUGCCCUGCAGGCCCCCCAAGGGCAGCGUCAAAGACCUCCCCUGUGGGGAAAAGUACCAGCUGGCCUUCUUCUGCAUGGACACGGCCUGCGUGCUGAUCUUCACCUUCGAGUACCUGAUGCGCCUGUUCGCCGCCCCCAGCCGCUGCAAGUUCAUGCGCUCUGUGAUGUCGGUGAUCGAUGUGGUGGCCAUCAUGCCCUACUACAUCGGCCUGGUGAUGCCCGAGAACGAGGACGUGAGCGGCGCCUUCGUCACCCUCCGAGUCUUCCGGGUCUUCCGGAUCUUCAAGUUCUCUCGCCACUCGCAGGGUUUGAGGAUUUUGGGCUACACACUGAAGAGCUGUGCCUCCGAGCUGGGCUUCCUGCUCUUCUCCCUCACCAUGGCCAUCAUCAUCUUCGCCACGGUCAUGUUCUAUGCUGAGAAAGGCACCAAGGGUUCCACGUUCACCUCCAUUCCAGCCUCCUUCUGGUACACCAUCGUCACCAUGACAACACUGGGGUACGGGGACAUGGUUCCAAACACCAUCGCUGGGAAGAUCUUUGGCUCCAUCUGUUCCCUCAGCGGCGUGCUUGUGAUAGCGCUGCCAGUGCCCGUCAUCGUGUCCAACUUCAGCCGGAUCUACCACCAGAACCAGAGAGCUGACAAGAUGAGGGCUCAGCAGAAAGUGCGUUUGGCUCGGAUCCGCAUGGCAAAGAAAGGAACAACCAACGCCUUCCUCCAGUACAAAGAGGAUCGAGGACUAGGGGACCGGGACAGUGACAGCACAGCUUUGUGUGUGAAGAACAGAUCAGCGUUUGAGCAUCAGCAUCACCACCUGCUGCACUGUCUGGAAAAGACAACGAACCACGAGUUCACAGACGAAGUGACCUACAGCGAGCUGUGCAUGACCGAGUCAGUGGGCUUCAGGACCAGUCGAAGCACCUCCCUGUCCAGCCAGCAGGGGGCGCAGAACAAUUCCACCGGCUGCUGCCCCCGCCGGGCCAGGCGGAGAGCUGCAAUGCGACUGGCCAACUCCACGGUAUCCGUCAGCCGCGGCAGCGUCCAGGAGCUGGACACCUUACACCUCAAAACCACGUCCAUCCCAGCACAGACCCGCUCCAGUCUGAACGCACAAGGUGACAACCUGAAGCUGAACUGUGGAGAGCAGGAUUUCACCGCCGCCAUCAUUAGCAUCCCCACGCCGCCUGCCAACACUCCGGACGAGAGCCUACCCCCCUCACCUGCCCCCAUCCCCGGCAUCCUGCGCAACACCCGCGCCACCGCCUUCACGCAUGAAACCGUUAAAAUCUCAUCCUUAUAACAUCCAUCGUGCCCCCCUCCCUGACUCCUCCCCCCAGCAGUUCCAUCUCUGACAGCCCCUUCAACCAUUCCUGAUCCUGGACCUGGGGCAAAGCUAGCUGACAUCUGUGGGCAAAAGGGUUGUUUUCUCCGUCUUCAUACAACCCGGAUUGACAGAAGUUUAAAUGAGCAUCAGAGAAACUCAGCGGAUGUGAAGGCAGCAUUCCCACAUCAGAGGCGCCAUGCUUUUGGACCGUUCUAUGCACUCGCACAUAGCUCAGAUCUCACUACUGAAGCCAUAAAGUCCUGGUCCAGUUUCCUCAGUUCCCACUGGCUCCGGACUGAACGUGACGCUGUAUCGUGUGGAUCGAGACCUGAAAGACCGGCUGACCUUUUGUCAGUGAACACUCGGCGGUUCGACCGCUUUGCUUCAAAUGACGCGAUUAAAACUCAAACAAAGAGGAAAAUCAGCGCAACGGUGCAAAGACAAUGAAGAAACUUUAAGAAAGAUUAUCAGAGUUACUGAGUGUCUGACUCAAGCAGUUUGCAAAAAGACGCUUUUGAGGAGAACCUCAGAACUUCUUCAAAACGAGUCACUGAAGCAGAUCAACCAACACAGGGGAACGUCUCAGCAGCUCCGGGACGCCUGCACCUUUCAGGAACAACACUUGUUGGAUCUCUGCAACACAACAAAAAGGAGCCGAGGAUAGAAAACGUUUGUCCCAGACUGGACGGAUCGACCGGGUCGGUAUGACCCCGGAGAGUUUGUCCCAGACUGGACGGAUCGACCGGGUCGGUAUGACCCCGGAGAGUUUGUCCCAGACCAGGAUCCAGAGCCUUUAUCUAUUUCAAAUAUGCAACAUAUUACAAGCAGGAAAAUAGCAUCAACAAAUGAACAGAGUAUUAUUGAUAACAGUGUGUGUGUUUGACUUAUUAUUGCAGGGAACAUUCUGUGAAACAAGACGAGCGUAUUCUGUGACCUUGUGACUGAGAAUGAACGUGAUCUAUCAGGAAAGCGGCGAACACCAAAAGCUCCUCGGUGUUCUGCUCACACUCGACCCGAUGAAACCCUGAGGGAGGUUCCAGAGAGGUCCUGUUGGUGUGGGGGACUUCAGCCGGAACCAGCCGGACAUUCACUCCAGUCUCCAGCCUCUCACUGGAUCUCCAUAAACUACACUUCUAAGAUGGAACAGAUGCUUGAAGAAGAGUCGUGGCUUCACUCCUGGGAGCCUCAGUCAGAUUUAGAUGUUCGGCUGGGAAUCCAAAAGAAUUUCCAGAAUCUAUUAGAUUCUCCAGAGACCGGAUCAAUUUGAUUCACGUUUCUUUUCGAUUCUUUCCAUCCACUCAAUUUAAUUCAUUUCAACUCAAAUUAGAGUUUUCACAUUUAUACACAUUUGUUUAGAAAUACAUUAAUAAUCUACUAUA